AUAGAGCAAGUAUCUCGCACUGUUCGCUCGAUUAUCAGUAAACCGAGGCUUUUAUUGAACUCCAGCAUGUGUGAGGGCCCGUCAGCCAUUACUGGCCCCAUUCCUCCAGACCCCACAUUGUUUCCUGAAUAUUACAGACGCCCGUCCUCUGCUCGUGGUCGGCUGGAGGGAAACGCUCCCAACGGCUCGUCUCCUCUUCUGAAGGGUCCGUUAGCACCGGAUCCCGCUCUUCAUCCUGGAUGUUACAGCGCCCGCUCCAGCCCUCGCCCACGAAUCGGUGCCAACGCUGCCCACAUCCUGGAGAGAGGACAGAGGGGGGUUGUGGGAAACCUGCUGAGACUAGACGGAGUGGCACUGAGCCCCAGUCCAGCCAAACCUAAACCUGCCAUACGGGACUUCGGUAAAGAAAAUGUCCGCAAGCUGCGUGAGGUCCAGAGGCGUUUUCGAGAGCUGGAGGCACAGAGAGAACACGCCAAACCUGUGCCAGUCAAAGCACUCUGGAUCUCCCCGAAAUAUCAAGACGUGCCCUCUAGAGUCAUGGCCCAGUUACAGGAAACAAGCCCAGUGAAGAAGCCCGAAUAUCAGAACUUCUUGAAAGCUCAUUCAGUGUGUGGAGCCGGGGGUCGACCGGUGCUGCGGCGCUCAGACAGUGGACCGUCUGCUGCUGGAGACUCAGACUCUGAGAUGCAUGUGAGAGGCCACACAGUGGACUUUGUGAGUCAUAAUGCUCGAGCUGCGGCAAAGACCAGCAUGAGGAGAUCUCAGUCCUUACAGAACCUGCAGGACAAAACACCAGCCUGCGCCGUCAAGGGCAAAGUGCCGCCAUAUCUUGAGCAGAGGAAGGCGCAGUGGAGGAAGGAGGAGGAGGAGAAGAAGAGAAACACUCCUGACCCAUCUGUUCCUGCAGGACACACGCAGAUGUCUGAGAGAGAGAGACAGGAGACGCUGCACUCCCUCAAAGAGACUCACAGGUCUCUGGUCAGUGAACUACUGUCUCUCCCAGUGAAAGCAGACACUCUGAGCAUUCGUUCUAGACGGGCUGAUCUGGACCAGCGUCUCUCUGAGGUGGAGGAGGCCAUCAAGAUCUUCUCACGGGACAAAGUCUAUGUGAAAGUGGACUCUUAAACUGCUCUCAGAUCAGUCCGUUUCUACUGCAUUUAUGUGUUCGUCUGUUAGCAGGAUUUGAGUUCCCUGCAUUUCAGUGCUGGAUGCUUUAGUUGAUUUAUUUCUUGCUAAUGAUAUUCUGUAUUUAUGCGUGCUUUGGUGAAUCAUAUUAUUAAAAGUUCCAGUUAUGAUGUAAAAAGUAGUGCUGGGCAAAAAUGAAUCGCGAUUAAUCGCAUCCAAAAUAAACGGGUGUUUUGACAUAAUUUAAGUGUGUGUACUGUUUAUAUUUAUUAUGUAUACAGUUAGUCAGAAUUAUUAGCCCCCUGUUCAUUUUUUUUCCCCAGUUUCUGUUUAACAGAGAGCAGAUUUCUUC